UUUUGGCGAGACCACCUCACUCAUGGCAGCGAUUAUGGCCAACGACAAGAAUCAAAUAGGCCAGCUGCUUCAGGAAUCGUUCUCUCUUCUCGAGCGAAAUUAUCUCGGUCAGACUGCAUUACACCUUGCCGUCAUACGACCCAAGCUGCUCGCAAAUCUCGUCGCGCGCUUUGACAACUUAGACGUGGACGAGCCAGCUCGCCACGGCGUUACUCCACUCAUGUACGCCGCCACUUAUGGCGAGGAUGUCUCGGUGAUCACACUGCUUCGCGCGGGUGCCGACCUGUGUAAGAGGGAUGACUUGAACAAAUGCAACUUUCUGGACUAUGCUCUCGGAAGGGAAAACUGGAACGUGCUUGACAGAACUAUCCAGGACUGUAAGCUGCUCUACUCUCCUAGCAGGUCCCAGUCGAUCGUGGAUUACGUUACUGUUAGGCUCUUGAGGGACUUUCGCCCUCUUGACCGCGGAACCCAUCUCCGAAGACUUCUCUCAUUAGGCGCCGAUCCCAACGUGACAUGUCCAGACGGUUCAACGCUGCUGCAUCAUGUCUGGGACAGUGACGAGGCAGAAGCACUCUUUGAAGCGGGGUACCGGCGUAUAAAUGAUCCUGACGAGGGAGGAGUUCGCCCCUUGAUGAAGUUGGUGCGGCAUUCCUGCCUUGUCCUUGUUCAAAAAUGCCUAGAAAGAGGGGCGUCAGUGUCGGACCAGGAUGACCGAGGGUGGACAGUGCUACAUUAUGCGGUCCAAGUACUACGGUGCAAGCUCCUAUAUCCACACCGUCACCAGCUGUAUCUGAAGAGACAAGGCGAGCUGGCGAUGUCGUUGCCGUCAUUCGGCUGCUGCUCAGGCAUGGAGCGGAUCCUCGAGCCCCAGAUUAUUGUCCGUGUGCUUGCUCUCAAGCCGGAUGUACACCAACCACAGUUCUUCUGGGAAAGGGUGGAUCCAUCUCUACGGAGCACCAUGGAAAUAUAUGGACGCUGGAAUGGCUCCAAGUCAUAUCUGAAACGGUCUCGAAAAGGGUUUGCAGGGGGGUCUUGGUGGAGAUGUCGUUAUUCCCGAGUGGAAGAUGAUGACAUUAACAAUAUUCUAGACGAGCAAAGCGUCGAAAUACAGGAGCUGGACGAGUCUUUGGAGAUCCUCGCUACAAGUGAGAUAUCAGACUAUACGAAGUCAUGGAUUCAAGAAUUCGCACAAUACGUCACUGAACACAAAACACGGCCUUCUGGAGUACAAGCCUUUGAUGCCGCUGGCUCCGUUGCUGACACAGCUUUUCAGAUCGCUCCGCGGCAUUCGCUUCGUUAUAUUGUGGAUACAAAACGGGACGAAUUUCGCGUCGAGCCCCAUUCAAAUUGGAGAUGGGACACUCCGGACAUGACCAGGCGCGUCGACAUACAGGCAUACCUAGACUGGGUCGCCUACUGCUAUGAUCACAGAGCGGAAUUUGCUCAAUGUUCGGAGAUGGAUGAAGAAUGGCGGGCGAAAAGGAUACAGUUUGCGCUCCGCCUGCGGCAAGUGCUUGAAGAAGGUUGCUUGGAAGAAGCCAAGGGGGCUGCGCAUCGCUGAAAAGGGAAAGCAAUGUACUCACAAUCAUCGAAACUCCUGGAAUGAAGGAUGAAGGUUCAAUUGAGUAAGAAGGUAUACGUGGUCCCAACGCUUUCCGGCUGGAAAGGUCCUUCCGAGAGUUUGGGCUUUGACAUUUGAGAUCCCGACCAUAACUAUUCACUUGGUCUGAAAGGUCCCCUU